AAUGUCCGACACGUGUCUCAACAUAGAUGCCCCUAGAAGGGUCUCUCUCUACACUUUCAAAAGCUCCCUCCUUUUUAACUCCUCUCACUGUCUCUCUCCAAAAAACCAUCUCUAUCUCUCUGUUGGGUUUUUGAGCUUUCAGAGAAGAUUCAGCUAAAAAGAUUUGGUGGUAUUCUGAUGAGAGAUAGCUAGAAAGAGGGCCAAAGAAACUCUACAAGCAUCCAUGGACCAAUCACAACAAACCCGACAGCAACAGUCACAGCAGCAACCUGUAGUAGCUGGUGCAGGUCAGAUGGCCUAUGCUUCUACCCCCUACCAAACUGCUCCAAUGGUGGCUUCUGGGACUCCUUCCAUAGCCAUCCCCUCCCCAACUCAGUCUCCAGCCACCUUCUCUAAUUCACCACACCAACUUACAUACCAGCAGGCCCAACAUUUCCACCACCAACAGCAGCAGCAGCAACAACAGCAGCUUCAGAUGUUUUGGACCAUCCAAAUGCAGGAAAUUGAACAAACAACUGACUUCAAGAACCAUAGCCUUCCACUUGCUCGGAUUAAGAAGAUAAUGAAAGCUGAUGAAGAUGUUCGGAUGAUUUCAGCAGAGGCUCCUGUUAUUUUUGCUAAAGCGUGUGAAAUGUUCAUCUUGGAGCUCACCUUGCGCUCUUGGAUCCAUACUGAAGAGAACAAAAGAAGGACGCUACAGAAGAAUGAUAUUGCAGCUGCAAUUUCCAGGACCGAUGUUUUUGAUUUCUUAGUUGAUAUUAUUCCAAGAGAUGAGUUGAAAGAGGAGGGUCUUGGGGUCACUAAGGCAACUAUUCCUGUUGGCCCUCCAGCUGAUCUUCCAUACUAUUAUGUUCCUCAGCAUCCUGUAGGACCUCCAGGGAUGAUCAUGGGAAAGCCAGUUGAUCAAGCAGCUGCCUAUGAAGCCCAGCAGCCACAACCUCCAGUGGCACUCAUGCCAUGGCUGCAGACUCAACCUCAACAGCAGCAAAGCGACCCUUGAUGUCCAGGAUGUGUGGCGGGAGUGUAGCAGCAGUCUGAUUGUCAGGGGAUUAUUUUAGCAGUGUCUUUGCAUCUGUGGUGAAGGGUUUAGCUUAGCAUUAGUCAGUCUUUGUGAUACCAAAACUGAGUUGUCUAUGAUGGUCAAGAUGUGACAUUUGCUUGUUUGCACUAUUGUUUGAAAAAUCGUUAUGAUUCUUUGGUGGUUUAUGCUUGAAGAAAAGGAUGGUGAUACUGUUUUUAA